GGGGAGAGGAGAAAGAGCGGCGUGCGCGCGUGCGCAGUGGCUCGGGGAGGAGCGGGGGACCUGGCAGCAGGCUGGGAGGCUGCGAGCGAGCCGCGAACCGGGCGGGCGGCGGGCUGCGGGCGCGCGCACCAUGGGGGAGAAACCGGGCACCAGGGUCUUCAAAAAGUCGAGCCCCAACUGCAAGCUCACUGUGUACUUGGGGAAGCGGGACUUUGUAGACCACCUGGACAAAGUGGACCCCGUAGAUGGCGUGGUGCUCGUGGACCCUGACUACUUGAAGGAUCGCAAAGUGUUUGUGACCCUCACCUGCGCCUUCCGCUAUGGCCGCGAGGACCUGGAUGUGCUUGGCUUGUCCUUCCGCAAAGACCUGUUCAUCGCCAACUACCAGGCCUUCCCGCCGGCGCCCAACCCCCCGAGGCCCCCCACCCGCCUGCAGGACCGGCUGCUCAGGAAGCUGGGCCCACACGCCCACCCCUUCUUCUUCACAAUCCCCCAGAACCUUCCCUGCUCCGUCACCCUGCAGCCAGGCCCUGAGGACACGGGGAAGGCCUGCGGGGUAGACUUUGAGAUUCGCGCCUUCUGUGCCAAAUCACUAGAAGAAAAAAGCCACAAAAGGAACUCUGUGCGUCUGGUGAUCCGAAAGGUGCAGUUUGCCCCAGAGAAACCUGGCCCCCAGCCUUCAGCAGAAACCACACGCCACUUCCUCAUGUCCGACCGGUCCCUGCACCUUGAGGCCUCCCUGGACAAGGAGCUCUACUACCACGGGGAGCCCCUCAAUGUCAACGUCCACGUCACCAACAACUCCACCAAGACCAUCAAGAAGAUCAAAGUCUCUGUGAGACAGUACGCCGACAUCUGCCUCUUCAGCACUGCCCAGUACAAGUGCCCUGUAGCUCAGAUCGAACAAGAUGACCAGGUGUCCCCCAGUUCCACGUUCUGCAAGGUGUAUACUGUCACCCCGCUGCUCAGCGACAACCGGGAGAAGCGGGGUCUGGCCCUGGAUGGGAAGCUCAAGCACGAGGACACCAACCUGGCUUCCAGCACCAUCGUGAAGGAGGGCGCCACCAAGGAGGUGCUGGGCAUCCUGGUGUCCUACAGGGUCAAGGUGAAGCUGGUGGUGUCUCGUGGCGGGGACGUCUCUGUGGAGCUGCCUUUCGUCCUCAUGCACCCCAAGCCCCACGACCACAUCACCCUCCCCAGGCCCCAGACAGCUGCUCCGGACACAGGUGUACCCGUGGACACCAACCUCAUUGAAUUUGAUACCAACUAUGCCACGGACGACGACAUUGUGUUCGAGGACUUCGCCCGGCUCAGGCUAAAAGGGAUGAAGGAGGAGGAUUAUGAGGACCAGCUCUGCUAGGAGUGGGUGGGUGCGGAGGUGGGGGGCAGACUCUCCGCCCUCCCCGCCUCUGCCCAGCAGCUCCCCCCACCCAUGCCUCCCCUCCCUCCCUCCCGCACCGGCCGCCCCAGGCACACACUGGACCCAUCUCUCGUGGAACAUGGGCCUGAUGUUUUGGACUCCAGCUGCGCCCCCCCACCCCCUCCCCCGUGGGCGGCAAGCUGUGUUCAGACUAAAUUCUGCAGAGGGUGCUGGAAAGACAGCGGGGAAGUGGGGAGAAGGAACCCCGCGUUCAACCUCACAUCACAGCAACAGCUUCCCUUUCCAGGGAGAGGAGACCCUCUUGGGGGAGCAAGGCCACUUCUCUGUUUCUGAGCAUAAAGAAGAAAUUAAACCUUUUCAUAGGCAGGA